AUGUCCAUUCCAGUGAUUCAUGUAUCAUCAAAAGAAGAAUUGUCUUCGAAGCCAAAUAUUGGUGAAAAAUGCUUAGCAAUCUCGGCCAAGUUUGAGAAGAAGUAUGGUUCCAAGCCUGAUUUUAUUUCGAGAUCUCCAGGUCGGGUGAAUCUAAUUGGUGAACAUAUCGAUUACUGUGAUUUUUCUGUGUUACCCAUGGCUAUUAAUGUCGAUUUCUUAUGUGCUGUUAAAGUUAUGGAAGGUUCAAAAGUUGUUACGCUGAUCAAUGAUGACGCAAGGUUUGGGGAGAGAAAGAUUGAACUGCCUAGUGAUGGUUCUUAUGUGAAGAUCAAUUCAACAAUUUCUGACUGGUCUAACUACUUCAAGUGUGGUAUGCAUGUUGCUCACUCUUUUUUGAAGGAAAUCGCUCCAGAGAAAUUUGACAGUGCACCUUUGGCUGGUCUGGAAGUCUUUUGUCAAGGUAAUGUGCCAACUGGUGGUGGUUUGUCCUCUUCUGCAGCAUUUAUCUGUGCUACAACUUUGGCUGUAGUCAGAGCUAAUAUGGGUAAGGGCUACCAGAUGUCUCAGCAAGACUUGACCAGAAUCACAGUUGUUGCUGAACACUAUCUUGGUCUCAACAACGGUGGUAUGGAUCAAGCAGCUUCGGUAUGUGGUAAGGCUGACCAUGCGUUGUAUGUUGAGUUCAAGCCCGAGUUGAAGGCAACUGCAUUUAAAUUCCCACAAUUGAAGAACCAUGAAGUUGCGUUUGUGAUUGCCAACACUUUGGUCGUCUCCAACAAGCAGGAAACCGCUCCUACAAACUAUAAUUUGAGAGUUGUUGAGGUUACAGUUGCUGCAAACGUUUUGGCAGCCAAAUAUGAUGUCGUGUUGAAGAAGCUUAUCGCCAAGGAUGAAGACAGCGCUAAGGGGAACUUGAGAGAUUUCAUGAACGCUUACAAUGCAAAGUACGAAGAUGCUUCUACUUGGGACGGUAAUAUCGACAACGGUAUCAAGUAUUUGACUAAGAUGUUAAGCUUGGUUGAAGAGACUUUGGGAUCAAAGACUGAAGGUUUCACUGUGAGUGAAGCGGCUGCCGCUUUGAAAAUCUCCAAUGAAGAGUUUGAACGUGAGUAUCUAUCCAUUUUCCCUGUUAGGUUCGAAACCUUGAAAUUGUAUCAGAGGGCAAAACAUGUCUACUCCGAGGCUUUGAGAGUGUUGAGAGCCUUGAGAUUAAUGACGAAUGCAUCUGGGUUCAAAUCUGAUGAAGAAUUCUUUAGCAGCUUCGGUGCUUUGAUGAACGAAUCUCAGGCAUCGUGCGAUAAGCUAUACAACUGUUCUUGCCCUGAGACUGACCAAAUUUGCUCAAUUGCUUUGGCUAAUGGCGCUUAUGGUUCGAGAUUGACUGGUGCAGGUUUUGGUGGUAGCACUGUCAGUCUAGUUCCAGGUGGUCCAAACGGUGAUGUCGAGAAAGUGAAGCAGGCACUAAUCGAUGAAUUUUACAGAGUGAAGUAUCCAAACAUCACUGAAGAGGAAUUAGCAGAAGCAAUCAUCGUUUCCAAACCAACAGAUGGUAGCUACCUCUUUGAAUUAUAA